CACACGGACAGUCCUCUAACCGGAAUGUCGCUCUCUCCGACCUAAAUCUGUGCCAACCGCGAGCAGCACAGAUACAGUGACGUCAGCUCCGAGGCACUGAACCAAACACAUCAAGCCCACUGGCUCCACUGCCGCGAGACGGGAAGCAUCGGUCAGCAUCGGCCAUAUUAAGCGUCACAUCUUUGAAUUCCUCCUGCAAUUUCAGCGAAUCGUUCUCGCCUCGGAGCAAAUCUGCUGCGCCGUGAUCUCCGUGUGCAACUAUUGUAAGCAUGUCCGCUAAUUUGGAUGGGAAAUGGUUCGGAGAGGAGGAGGAGGAGAAGAACGGAAUGUUUGGGAGCGCAGGGCCCCGUUUUGACGAGAUGCGGGACGAUCUGCACGCGAAGAACUGGGAGCGCGAGACGACGAACGAGCCAAAGCAACAAUUCCAUCCCUUUGAAGGAAGCGGAGUUGCCAUAGAAACUGCAUCUACUGGUGACUCUUUGUCUGACAUGUUUUUGAAGUCAUCCCCUGGAGAGGGAGAUCUGUACACCUCUCUCCUUUCCUCUAAGUCCUCCUCCAAUCCUUUCAGUGAUGGCGCAUCUCUCUUCUCCUCUGAGGGCAACCGUUCUCCACCUGCUCCCACCGGGACCGACUCCGGCAUCAGCAUGACCCCAGGUGACCCCUCAGACCAUCAUACGACCCUGCAGAGCUCACACAAGCCUGACCACUACAGCUACAUGGACAUGGGUGAUGACCUCUGUGAUUUUGGUAGUGUUGACAGUGCCAAGAAUAAGCAGCAGCAUCCCAUGGGAAUCUAUGGAGAUGAUGACGAUGAUGAUGAAGAUGACAUUCAGGACUUUAAGCCGAAGAAAGAAGAAAAGGAAAGUAAAGAAUCCAGCCACGACCCCUUUGAUCUGGGUCGCUAUUUGGAAAAGAGCCCUCUUGGUUCUGAAGAUGUGGAGGUGAAGGACGUUAAGGGAUCGGCGGGCGGACAGCAUGCGUUUCCGUACGUGGAGGAUCCUUCGGAUGAAGAUAUGGCAGAUUACCAAUCAUAUCGUAGGAUGGAAAUGCCACAAAGUGCCAGCCCUGUGAAGAUCACCGUGACAACAGAGUCCCAUGCUGCAUCGACCCAGCCAAUAAGAGUGUCUCCACAAGGGAGCGUUUCUGAGAGAGAGAGUGUGCUCAGUUUUGGGCAGCAGGGUCUUCCCACGGUUACACUUUCAGAACCAGAGGAUGACAGCGCAGCCUCUUCAGCUAACCACUCCCCUAACCACUCCCCUACAGGCCGAGAGUCUCCAUCCGACAUUCUCUUCCAGCCUGCAGGAAUGAAGUCUGUGAGCUCCACCAAAGAUUCCAGCAACACCACCUAUCAUUCCAAUCUUCCAGGAGACCAGAACAUGAAGGGCACAACCAAACCCUCCUCCCCAUGGGCACAAGACCUUCAAGGCAGUGGAGAUGAGUCUGGAGAUUCAGAGAUUGAGCAAGUGGCUGAAGAAUCCGAUUCACCAGCAUACGACUUGACAUCCAAGACCACACCCACAAAAGGUGGAUUUAGCCAACCAAGCAACCCAUUUGAGCAGACCAACUACACAUCUAUCACCGAUAAAGCUAGCAACACUUUUGACAAGGAUCAAACCAACAAGGUCAGUGCUAGUAACCCAUUUGAGCUGUCUGGGGGUACGAAGGGUGGUUUCAGUCAAUCCAGCAACCCACCGCUCUACAGUCUGCUAAGAGAGGAGAGGGAGGCAGAGCUCGACAGCGACCUGCUAAUCGAAUCAGCCUCUGAAGAGAGUCCCAAGCGGGAACAGGAAUACUCAGCUCCAAAACAUCCUGAAACAUCUUCUCCACUGACCUCGGGCCUCACUUCCUCUAAACCCAUCAUAAAUUCCAGCGCUUCAGCCUCUCCCUUCCCUGAACCCCCAGCCAGCACCUUGAGAGGAAAAGAGAAAGAAACAGAGAAGGAAAAGGAAAAAGCAGCCCCCGUUGAGAAGCCCAAGCUGCAACCAGAGGACAGCUGGUCCACCAAACCCAGGCCUUCAGUAAUGGGAACAUCUUUUCCAACUCUGGAGCCCAGUCAGAACAAGGAGAUCAAAAGCAAUGUUGAGAGUGUUUCCACAGAGAAAGAGGCCACUCUUCCCUCUUUCUUUCAGAGCCUCACCAGACAGAAAGUGGUAGAUCUGUUACACUGGCGGGAUCUGAAGCAGUCUGGACUAGUGUUCGGCAGCGUGUUGCUGCUGCUGUUCUCUUUAACCCAGUUCAGCGUGGUGAGCGUGGUAGCAUAUCUCGCUCUGGCUGUCCUCUCUGCCACCAUCAGCUUCCGAGUCUACAAAUCAGUCCUGCAAGCAGUGCAGAAAACCGACGAGGGACAUCCCUUCAAGGCUUAUCUGGAAGUAGAGAUUGCUCUUUCUGCAGAUCAGAUCAGUAAGUAUGUGGAUAAAACUCAGCUGUAUGUCAACUCCACCAUGAAGGAGCUUCGUAGGGUGUUCUUGGUUCAGGAUCUGGUGGACUCCGUAAAGUUUGCAGUGUUGAUGUGGUUGUUGACCUAUGUGGGAGCUCUGUUUAAUGGCCUGACUCUGAUGAUUCUAGUGGUGGUUUCCAUGUUCACCUUGCCAGUUGUUUACGAGAAGUACCAGACGCAGAUUGAUCAAUACUUGGGCCUGGUGCGCUCCAAUGUUAACUCAAUAAUGGGAAAAAUUAGAGAGAAGGUUCCUGGGGCCAAAAAGAAGGAAUAAACUCUACGCUUCUGUACAAGUAAACACUAUAGCCAGUAAAAACAACAACUUUUGCCAGCACUGAAGGACCCCAACUACACAGGAGGCCAACAUACCAUCUUAAAAAUAAAUAAAUAAAAUAAAAAAUGAUUGUCAUGUUAGUCUAUUGGCUCCUAUAAAAACUCACUGUUGCCAGUCACUGGUGAAGCCCUGCACUAAUAGCUAACACUGAUGAUUCACAAACAUAAGUAACACCUUGUGGGCGAUCAUAGAGCUAUAGAUAUGCCAGAGGGACACAAAGUGCUUCUCUCUUCCAUUGCUUCUGAUUUAAGUGCAUGAAGUCCAGUCUUGAGUAAAUAUUUUCUAUAUCUGCA